AUGGCAAUAUUGGCUGCUGGUGAUGCAGAUGCAUCUGCAUCAGACAGACACAAGUGCAAUGCAAACCACGUCUCAAAGAUUGUGAAUGGCCUGUGUCCGUAUGGCAGAGGCAAGUCCGGACAAUGCACUGUUUGUGAGCCUGGCUUGUCUGUCGACGAUGUGCUAUGUUUCCGCAAAGUUUUUGAUGGCAUGGGUGUUUCAAGGCGCGCUGCAUUGCUGAGCAAUGUGUAUUCUCAAGCCCAAAAUGGCACAGAGGGCCAGACUCGCUGCAAAUGGUUUUUCCUGGGGAAACGAUGCUGUGAGAAACGACUGCAUGCCAUGCUAGAGAUGUCACCCAGCACCUACAUGAAGCUUCUGAAGGGACAAUCCUUUGAUGGUCGCAGCCACAAUGGAAGGGCCGUGACUGAAGUCAGUGCAUCAGUCGACCAGUUCUUCCUGGAGAUGUACCAUUCGGCAGCGGAGUACCUUCCAGAGGACACAGCUUGUCAUUUGGAAGAUGUGGACUGGACAGUGGCACAAGAAGAAUUGCAGCUAGGCAGAGUCACAGAGUUCCCGACUCCUGAGCAAAAUUUGACACUGCUGGGGUGGGAUCCUGAGAAGUCAGAAUUGCAGACAGCCAUCCAGGCUGCCUCAGGGGCCAGCAUGCCAAAAAAGUAUGUCCAGCACAAGAAAGCUGUGGACAGGCUUUACCUGGCAUGGAGGACAGUGCGGAUGCCAGAGUCCCAGAGUGCUUGCUGGAGCACAUUCUGGAAAAAGUGGCAUGACCGAUGGUGUCACUGCAUUGGCUUGCGCAAACCAACCCAGCAUUCACAAUGCACUCAGUGCAUGAAGUUUGCCAGUGUCAUUCAUUAUGGAAAUGUCAGUGUCCAUGAGAAAAAAGAGAAUGCAAAAGCUUGGCAGCAACAUCUCCGUGACCAAUAUGAGGAUCGUUUGAUCUAUUGGCAUCUACGAUGGCACAGCAAAAUGCCUGACUCAAAUAUCCUCUGCAUCAUUAUUGAUGGCAUGGACAAGAGUAAGGGAAGCUGGCCGAAGUAUGAUUUCAGGAAGCCCAAGAGCCUGGACAAGUUUCACAGACCGCGCAACACCAUCCAUCUGGCGAUAGCUCAUGGAUUUUGCGCCGACUUCUACAUUGCCGAUGACGAGAACUUCUUCCACGGCGCCUCCUUCUUCUGUGAAAUCUUGACGAGGACUUUGGCUCGGGUUAAGAAGAUUUGCCAGGAGCAGGGCCGUGCAAUGCCGGAACAUUUGGUCAUCCAAAGUGAUAACACGACUGCACAGGCCAAGAAUUCGGAGGUGGCUUCUUUCCUGGCAUUGCUGGUUCGCAGGUUCAAAUUUCACUCGUGUGUGUUGCACUUCCUCCAGGUUGGUCACACACACGAGGAUGUGGACUUCAUUUUCAGCCUUCUGCUUGCCAAAGUACUUCGCAAGUCCCGAGUCCAGAUUCCAGAGGACCUGAGAAAUGAGAUUCUUAUUGGCAUGACACCAAUUUUGGCGUCAAAGGGUUGUCAGGUCAAUGCGGAGCUGGUGACCCAUUGCAGGCAUUUCAAAGCCUGGCUGGCAGAGAUGUCUGUGCACCCACACAAUUGCUGGGUUCGACGACAAGGCAUUAUGUCCCCCCAUUCCUUCACUUUCAAGCUCCGCAUGGAUCUCACCCCUAAGGAACAGCAGCUCUUGCAGCAAGAUCCUACUGACAGAGGCUGGCGUGCUCACCCUUUCGAUGUUUUCUGCAUUGUGAAGACUUUCAUGGCUAGCCAAGCUCCAAAUGGCCCUCCCGUUUUGCUGAUUCCAGAGUCCAGAUUUCAGAGAAUCACGACCCUUGCACCGACAGCAACAUGCCCAGCCAGUGAAGCUAUGUCUGUGAACAGGAAAAGACAGCUGAGACAGUUUGCAGAUGAACUGGAGUGUCUGACUGCAGAAUGGGGUCCUGAGCAUUCCAUGUUCCGAGCAGCCCAAGAACUGAGAAUUUUGGCUGAUGGGAGGAACCAAGAGCCUUCUCAGGAUGGAUACUUGGAGGCUGUGGAAACUGAGCGGCAGAUGCCUCUUACAGAUUCGGAUGGAUCCUCAGUUGUCAGCUGCCAGUCUAAGUGUCUUAGUCCACUGUGUAAGUCACAUCAGAAUGACCCAUCAGCACACUUCAGUUUUCAGGACAACCCCUACUAUGCCAACUUGCCUGAUGUAUCCUGGCGAAUGGUCGUUCGGUUCAGAGGGCACUAA